UAUUAGAAGAAGAAGAAGAAGAAGUAGGAAGCUGGAUGAGUUAAAAACAAUCAGUCGUCGUCGUUCUUGUUGUUGUUCAUGGUGAUUAAACUUCUUUUUGGGCUGUUUGAGAUCUCUGAAGGUGCUGCUGAGUGGAGAGAUGCUGAAUCUUUAUGUUCCUUCAGGUAUGAGUGCAUGAAGACUUUGGACACAAGUGGAACGUGUAAUUGGAGACCAUCGCCAUGGAGGAGACAAGUCGUGAAGCUGUUGCCACAGCGGUGCAGCGUGUAGCAGGGAUGCUGCAGCGCUCAGACCAGCUGGACAAAGUGGAACAGUACAGAAGAAGAGAGGCUCGUAAGAAGGCAUCAGUGGAAGCCCGGCUGAAGGCAGCAAUCCAGUCCCAGCUGGAUGGCGUCCGCACUGGACUGACCCAGCUGCACAGUGCUCUGCUGGACGUCAAGGACAUCCAGAACUCGCUGGCCGACGUCAGUAAAGACUGGAGACAGAGCAUCAACACCAUUGAGAACCUGAAGGAUGUGAAGGAUGCUGUGGUCCAGCACAGCCAGCUGGCGUCUGCUGUGGAAAACCUGAAAAACAUUUUCUCAGUCCCAGAGAUCGUGAAAGAGACUCGGCAGCUGAUUGAGCAGGCCGACCUCCUGCAGGCCCACAGGAAGCUGAUGGAGCUGGAGUGUUCGCGGGACGACCUUAUGUACGAGCAGUAUCGUAUGGACAGCAGGAACACCAGCGACAUGCACCUGAUCUCCAUCUACUUCCAAGAUGUCCAGGCUCUGUCAGAUGAGCUGGCCAAGCAGUUAUGGAUGGUGCUCCAGAGAUCCAUGGUCACAGUUCGUCAAGACCCAACCAUGUUGGUGUCUGUGGUUCGUAUUAUUGAGCGUGAAGAGAAGAUUGAUCGGCGUAUGGUGGACCGCAGGAGGCAGACUGGAUUCAUCCCUCCAGGGCGACCUAAACAGUGGAAGGAAAAGAUGUUCAAGGUGUUGGAGGGUACAGUCAGCACCCGUAUAGAGGGCACACAGGCCAUGACGCGGGAGGCGGAUAAGAUGUGGCUCGUUCGCCUCCUGGAAAUAACUCGGAAGUAUGUUUUGGAGGACCUCACUGUUGUCAAGAACCUCAUGGUCCAGUGUUUCCCUCCACACUAUGACACCUUCAACAGGUUUUUUGGUCUUUACCACAAUGCUGUGUCAGUUCGUGUGAAGGAACUCGCCUCAGAAGACUUGGAAGCAAAUGAAAUUGUCUCCAUGCUUACUUGGGUCCUGAACACAUAUAAGAGUGUGGAGAUGAUGGGUCAUCCAGAGCUUCGUUCAUCAUGUGACAUUCACCAGCUGGCACCACUGCUGCCCCAGAAUGUCGUGGAUGAACUCCUCAACAAAUAUCUCCUAACUUUCACAUCCAAUAUAACCGGCUGGCUGCGUAAAGCUCUGGAAACUGACAAAAAGGACUGGCAGAAAGACACGGAGCCCGAGGCUGACCAGGACGGCUACUAUCAGACCACACUGCCCGCUAUCGUCUUCCAGAUGUUUGAACAGAACCUACAAGUUGCUGCCCAGAUUGAUGAUGACUUCAGGGAACAGGUUCUUAAGCUCUGCUUGAAGCAGAUGUACACUUUCCUCACCAGAUACCGAGAGGAGGCAGUGAACUACAAGGAGGAUCACCUGAGAGACCGACAGUUACCUCAGUGCUACGUGCAGUACAUGAUAGCCAUCAUUAACAACUGCCAAACAUUCAAAGAGUCCAUCAACAGCCUUAAAAGGAAGUACACCCAGUCUUCUGAACCCACUGACAUUGAUGCUGCUAUAGAAAGGACACUCAAUGAGGUGGCCAAGGAGGGAUGCCACUUUCUGCUGGAUGAAGUCUUCCUCGACCUUGAACAAUAUCUGAAUGAGCUGUUAACCAGGAAGUGGCUGACCGGGUCUCAUGCUGUGGACACCAUUUGUGUAACUGUAGAGGACUACUUCAAUGACUUCAACAAGAUCAAGAAGCCCUUCAACCAGGAGAUGACCAGCAAGGCGCUUCGCCGCGCGGUAGUAGAGUACGUGAAGGCUGUGAUGCAGAAGAGGAUCACCUUUAAGAAUGCUGACGAGAGGAAGGAGGGGGCCGACCGCAUGAUCAAGGAGGCGGAGCAGUUCAGGUUCCUCUUCAGCAAACUCUGUGCAGGUGAAGACACCGACCGACUCUGUGGUGCCAUCACCGCCAUCGCUGAGGUCUUCAAGCUGACUGACCCAACGCUGCUUUUCCUCGAGGUCUCCACUCUGGUUUCCAAAUAUCCUGACAUCAGGGAGGAGCACAUCCAGGUACUGUUAGCCAUGCGUGGUGAUGCCAGCAGAGAAAUGCGCCAGAUGAUCAUCGGGACACUCAGUGAGAACAAAGUGUCCUGCACUGAUGUCCCCCAGUCCAUCUUCAAAGAUGUCGCUGUACCCACCAUCACCAUGUCGACCAUGACGUCCAUGGCAACCAGCAAGCUUCUCAAAUAA